AUGGCUGACGGCGAGGACAUCCAGCCCCUUGUCUGCGACAAUGGCACCGGCAUGGUCAAGGCCGGUUUCGCUGGUGAUGACGCCCCGAGGGCUGUCUUCCCGAGUAUCGUCGGGCGUCCGCGCCACACGGGGGUGAUGGUGGGGAUGGGGCAGAAGGACGCCUAUGUUGGCGACGAGGCCCAGUCCAAGAGGGGUAUCCUCACCCUCAAGUACCCGAUCGAGCACGGCAUUGUCAGCAACUGGGACGACAUGGAGAAGAUUUGGCACCACACCUUCUACAACGAGCUCCGUGUCGCCCCCGAGGAGCACCCCGUGCUGCUCACCGAGGCGCCGCUGAACCCCAAGGCGAACAGGGAGAAGAUGACCCAGAUCAUGUUUGAGACAUUCAACGUGCCCGCCAUGUAUGUCGCCAUCCAGGCUGUGCUUUCCCUCUAUGCCAGUGGACGCACGACAGGUAUUGUGUUGGACUCUGGUGACGGUGUGAGCCAUACCGUGCCAAUCUAUGAAGGGUAUGCGCUUCCGCACGCCAUUCUUCGUCUUGACCUCGCUGGGCGCGAUCUCACAGACAGCCUGAUGAAGAUUCUCACUGAGAGGGGUUACUCCUUCACCACGACUGCUGAACGGGAAAUUGUAAGGGACAUCAAGGAGAAGCUCGCCUAUGUGGCACUUGACUAUGAGCAGGAGCUGGAGACUGCCAAUACCAGCUCCUCUGUGGAGAAGAGCUAUGAGUUGCCUGAUGGGCAGGUGAUCACCAUCGGGGCAGAGAGAUUCAGAUGCCCUGAGGUCCUCUUCCAGCCUUCUUUCAUUGGUAUGGAAUCGCCUGGAAUACAUGAGACCACCUACAACUCUAUCAUGAAGUGUGAUGUGGAUAUUAGGAAGGACCUCUAUGGUAACAUUGUGCUCAGUGGUGGCUCAACCAUGUUCCCUGGUAUUGCUGACCGCAUGAGCAAGGAAAUCACUGCCCUUGCACCAAGCAGUAUGAAGAUCAAGGUCGUGGCGCCGCCUGAGAGGAAAUACAGUGUCUGGAUUGGAGGGUCCAUCCUUGCCUCCCUUAGCACCUUCCAACAGAUGUGGAUCUCAAAGGGUGAGUAUGAUGAGUCAGGCCCAGCAAUUGUUCACCGGAAGUGCUUCUAA